UUGUUUUGACUUUUUCAAAAUUUGAGUUGUCAAAAAAUUACUGCAUGCUACAAGAAAGUUUCUCAUUUUCGUUCUAAAAUUUUAAAACAAGUCAACAAAAAUGUAUCAAAAUCUUUUCAAAAAACCACGAAUGACCGAUGCCAAAGUAGAGGAAGCUCCACCAUCUGGCCCACACACUGUCCAAGCCCGUUUAAUAUCAGAUACUGGUGAAGAAGCGGGUCCUCCCAUUGAUCUCCCCUCAGGAAUUUCAGUCGAACAACUCGGUCUCAUAUGCAAUGCACUGCUCAAAAACGAAGAUCCAACACCGUAUUUGUUUUUUGUCAACGAAGAUGAAAUCAAGCAAACCCUAGACAAAACUCUCGACUUGAAAACAAUUGACACAGAAAAUGUCAUUGACAUUGUUUACCAGCCACAGGCGGUUUUUAAAGUCCGUCCAGUUACACGAUGCACAAGUUCUAUGCCUGGACAUGCUGAAGCUGUUGUUUCGAUUGGAUUCAGUCCAGAUGGACAGCAUUUAGCAAGUGGUUCUGGUGAUACUACAGUCCGCCUGUGGGAUCUCAACACAGAGACACCACAUUUUACAUGUUCCGGCCACAAACAAUGGGUUUUGUGUGUCUCAUGGUCGCCGGAUGGUAAAAAACUUGCUAGUGCAUGUAAGGCGGGAGUAAUAUUGAUUUGGGAUCCCGAAACUGGCAAACAAAUCGGAAGACCUUUGACGGGUCACAAGAAAUGGAUCAAUGGCUUGAGCUGGCAGCCAUAUCAUAUGGAUCCAGAGUGCCGAAAAGUAGCCAGUGCUGGUGCUGAUGGAGAUGCUAAGAUUUGGGAUACUGUUUUGGGCCAUUGUCUUAUGACUAUUGCUGGUCACGCUAUGUCAGUCACUUCUGUUAGAUGGGGUGGAUCCGGACUAAUCUUCACAUCAUCCAAAGAUCGAACAGUCAAGAUGUGGAGAGCUGCCGAUGGAGUUUUAUGCAAAACAUUCACCGGACAUGCUCACUGGGUCAAUUACAUUGCACUGAGUACAGAUUACGUUCUUCGAACUGGUCCAUUCCAUCCAAUUAUGGAUCGAAGGAAAAAAUACACCGAUAUUCCAAAGGAAGAACUUAAAGAAAUGGCUCAACAACGUUUUAAUAAAGCUUGUCCCGAUGGCGUCGAGUCAUUUGUAUCAUGUUCUGAUGAUUUCACACUUUAUCUCUGGCGAUCAAAUCAAUCCAAAUGCGUGCAACGCAUGACUGGCCAUCAAAACGUGGUGAACGAUGUUAAAUAUUCUCCAGAUGUAAAAUACAUUGCAUCAGCUUCAUUUGAUAAAUCAGUUCGAUUGUGGCGAGCACAAGAUGGAGGAUUUAUAGCUACAUUCCGAGGACAUGUUCAAGCUGUCUAUACUUUAGCAUGGUCAGCUGAUUCGAGACUUGUAUUAAGUGGAAGCAAGGAUUCAACUUUGAAAGUUUGGAGUGUUGCAACCAAGAAACUCGCCCAAGAACUGCCUGGUCAUGCAGAUGAAGUAUUUGGCGUCGAUUGGGCUCCUGAUGGUUCUAAAGUAGCUUCUGGUGGAAAGGACAAAGUCGUAAAACUAUGGCAGUACUAAAAUGAAGACAACAACUAGACGGUUUUUUUUUGUAAUUUAUAGAAAAAAUAAAGCUUUUAUUUUUAAAAAAUCUAAA